AUGAACCUCCUCAUCAAGACCCUCUACAGCUAUCCCCCCCCACCACCCCGCCACCGCACCCAACCCAUCCGCAUCCUAUGCGUGGGGCUCCCCCGCUCCGGCACCGAAAGCCUCAGCCUCGCCCUGACCCAACUAGGCUACACGCCCUUCCACGGCUGGGACCUCGUCUUCGACACGGCCGCCCACCUCCAGGCGUGGGCGCAGCUCGCCGAGCGCAAAUACGCGCCCUCGGCGACCACUCCGCGAGACGACCCGAUCACGCGGGCGGACUUCGACGCCCUCCUCCCCGGCGACUGCGACGUGGUCCUCGACUCGGCCGCCGCCCUCUUCACGCCCGAGAUCCUCCAGGCCUACCCGGACGCCAAGGUCAUCCUCAACACGCGCCGCGACGUGGCCGCGUGGCAGCGCAGCGCCCGGCAGGCGUUCGUGACGGACGGCGCCGCGCACUGGGGUCUCUGGGUGUUGCAUCUGUUCAGUGCGGAGGUGUUCUGGCUGUGGCGGCUGUAUUAUGCCGUUGGGUAUCCGGGGUUGUUUGGGGCGAGGACGGUGGAGGAGGGGGUCGUGGGCAAGGGGAGACGGGUGUAUCGCGAGCAUGGGUGGUUGGUUAAGGGGUUGGUGCCUUCGGAUAAUUUGUUGGAGUGGAACGUUGAGGAUGGGUGGGGGCCUUUGUGUGAGUUCUUGGAGAAGGAGGUCCCGCAGGAACCGUUUCCCCAGACAAAUACCGGGGAAGGAUUUCGGAAUCGAGUGGAGAAGAGAGUCGGGCCCUGGCGGCGGACGGCGUUGGUGAAUUUCGCCCUCACGGUCACUUCGGCCGGGGUGCUGGGGACGGCGGUGGUGUUCGGGGCGAGGAAGGGCGGCUGGUGGUGGCCUGCUGUUAGGGAGAUUCCGGGGUGGAUUGGGGCGCGAUGGCUUUAA